GAGUUACACGUCUAUGCCCCGACCCCCCAAGCAGAGAGUACUAUGGUCACCCUCCAAGCGAUCAGUUCGCUCGGUUGGGAGCUCGAGAUCGCUGACUGUAAGAACGCGUUCUGUCAGUCCGACCGACUUCAUCGUCCCAAGGGGUCGAUCUUUUGCGAGCCGUGCCAAGGACUGAAUUUCGGGCCAGGUGGGCUCAUCGAGCUCAUUGCGCCAGUGUACGGCCUGAAAGAUGCACCUCUCCUCUGGCACCGGACCCUCGCGCAAUGGCUCUCAGAAGACGGUUUCAGCAAGUCCCUUUUAGAACCCUGCCUGUGGGUUAAGAGGUCGUCUCAAGGGGAGAUUCGUUCCUUGAUACUCAUUGAGGUGGGCGACCUCAUAGUGGCGAGUGCCCCUGCGGAGCGCCAGGGGCUGAAGGAUAGGCUCCAAGGGAGGUUCAGGUUCGGCAAAUGGGAGACCGGGGAGGCCGAUUUCGCUGGGAGACACGCGAAACAAGUGGGCCAGAAAAUCUUCAUAGACCAAGAGAAAUACAUCUUAGAACAACUUGCCCCCUUGCGGUUAGCUAAGGGGAGGCGCUCGGGCCCCGAGGCGCCGUUGACCCCGGAGGAGGUCAAGCUGUGCAGAACGAUGGUGGCCCAGAUUCAGUGGCUAGGUCGGGAAUCCAGGCCGGACGUGUCGGCAGGAGCCUCCAUUCAGAGUGCCGCCCUCCCGUCGCCCACGGUCAGUGACGCAAUGUUGUGUAUCAAGAUAGUCAAGCAUCUCAAGGGAACCGCCAGUCAGAAGAUAGUUUUGUGGCCCCUGGACCCGAGCAUCAUGAGCUUCGCCCAGUGGCUGUCCAUCCUGUGGAGGGACCUUGUGUUCGGCGACGUCAGUCGCCCAGACUGGCAUCUGUCGCAGUUUCCUUUCUCCGUUGUUUUGAGCCGUGAUUGCACUCUCUCGGAAGGAGUGGAGACUCUCUCCGUGGUUGACGCGAAAUCCAUUUUCGACACUCUUUCGAAUUCGGCCGGGUCGAGGGCCGACCGAAGGAACAGUAUCGAGCUAGCAGUCGUGCGAGACAGUAUGAGCGCUGUAG